AAUAGCUAGUAGACAUGCUAGUAACGUCAGAUAGCUGGAGAUUGAUUAAGGAGGCGCUCCCAGUGGUCGGCUACAUUUCACAGGACAUUAAUUCAUCAUUGUGAGCAGAGCGUUUUUAUGAACCCAGCAAAGAUGACAGGGGAGACAACUCGAGGGUUAAGGUUGUGUCUGCAUCACAUGGCUCUGCUCCGGAGAUGCACACAUCCCAGCUCAUCACUCCAAACAACCAGAUCCUUCAGUUCGCUCAGGGAAGGUAAGCGUGGAGGGCUUAUAUGGAAGACCGUUGUUGGCAUCUUUGUUGCUGUACCUGUGGCAGUGGGUGUCAAGUAUGCUGUGGCCGAACCCAGAGACAGGAGGAGGAUGAAGAUUGUGAUAGAAGGAUUUGGUCGCUUCUUCAGAUCUCUCUCUGUGGGAUUCUUCAUCUCGGUAGAUUACUGGUGGACCACCAAUGUGGCUCUUCGUGGCCAAGAUGAGAGCAGCCCAUACUACGUGGCUGAGAUGUCAGCCUGCCACCAGAGGGCAGCAGAGAGCAUGGUGGAAGGAGCCGUAAGCAACGGUGGAAUAUACAUCAAACUCGGCCAAGGUCUGUGUUCCUUCAACCACCUGCUGCCCCCUGAGUACAUCCACACACUGCAAAUCCUGGAAGAUAAGGCCUUGAACAGGAGGUGCAAAGAGGUCGAUGCUCUCUUUGAGGAAGACUUCAACAAAACCCCAGAGCAGCUUUUUAAAAAGUUUGACUAUGAACCCAUAGCUGCCGCCAGCUUGGCCCAGGUUCAUAAGGCAGAACUGUUUGAUGGGACUCCUGUUGCUGUGAAGGUUCAGUACAUCGACCUCAGGGAUCGCUUCGAUGGUGAUAUCAGAACAUUGGAGUUGCUGCUGGAUGUCGUUAAAUUUAUGCACCCCAGCUUUGGAUUCCGAUGGGUUCUUAAGGACUUGAAGGGGACAUUGGCUCAGGAGCUGGAUUUUGAGAACGAGGGCAGGAAUUCAGAGAGGUGUGCCGAAGAGCUGAAACAUUUGGGUUUUGUGGUUGUACCCAAAGUGUUCUGGGAGCAAACAAGUAAGAGAGUGUUGACGGCAGAGUUUUGCAAUGGCUGCAAAGUCAACAAUGUGGAAGAAAUUAAAAGACAAGGAUUGAGUUUGAAAGAUACUGCAGAUAAACUGAUCCGAACAUUUGCUGAGCAAAUAUUCUACACUGGUUUCAUCCACGCUGACCCUCAUCCUGGAAAUGUUCUAGUGCGACGAGGUCCUGAUAACAAGGCAGAGUUGGUACUAUUGGACCACGGCUUGUAUGAAUUCCUAAGUCAACGUGACAGAGUGUCCCUUUGUAAACUGUGGAGGUCCAUAGUCCUGAGGGACCAAGCAGCAAUGGAGAAGUACUCCAAAAAACUUGGUGUCACACAGUACUUCCUGUUCUGCGAGAUGCUGCUGCAGCGACCGAUCAACAUGCAGGAGUUCGGUCUGUCCAACAUCCUGAGUCGAGAGGAGACCACAUACAUGCGCCAGAUGGCCACCAAUCGCUUCGACAGCAUCAUGCAGGUGCUGAAGGCCAUGCCUCGGCCCAUGCUGCUCGUGUUCAGGAACAUCAACACGGUCCGAAGCAUCAACAUCACCCUGGGAGCGCCGGUGGACCGCUACUUUGUCAUGGCCAAGAGCGCGGUUCGAGGCUGGGGGAAGAUCCAGGCAGAGAAGACGGGGAUACUGCCCCGGCUCUGGCUCUUCCGCUGGGUGAGGACAACUUGGGAGGGCCUUAAAUUUGAACUGGCUUUAAGAUGGGAGAUAGCAGCGAUGAGCCUGACGCGCUCCUUCCUGAGUGUCCUGUCCUACUUUGGUCUCGUAUCUCUGGACGCAGACAUGUACGAGUACCUGAGGUAGUGAACGGAUGUCACACUACGAAGGAACAGAGGAUGAGGACCUAUUCCACGCACAAGCUAAUCCAAUGCAAUGCAACAAGGAGCCUGUUUAACCUCUGCAGCAGCUCUCUCAGCUGCGAGUCGUAUAAUGUAGUUUUCACACCAAAUCAUCCUGGCCUCUGGUGUCACUUCCUCAAAGUGUCUGAAAACGUACUGAACCACAGGACUGUUACGCACCAAAACCACUUGAAUAUACGCUACCAGAGUUUGAGUUUAGCAGCCUGUUGUAAGGUUUUUAAUUAAAUUAUUAUGUAUAUUUCAAUUAUUUUUAGUGCAAUUUUAGUUCAGCAAAUUGUUGAUUGUUGUAUCCAUUUUAAGCUACAGGUUUUUUUUGUGUUUUUUUUUAAGAAACGUGUAACACUUAUUCUAUCUUUUUGAAGGAUCUGCAGCACUGUCAGGAAGCAAUGCAUCAAAAUAAAUCAGUGUAUUCCUUGAGUAAUGUUUAAUACUAUGAAAAAUAAUCGAAAAAACAAGCUACACAUGACUAUGUUAAGCUGCAUCCUCACUGGAGCGAGAAGAAAUGUAAAAUGUUUUUAGUCUCUUCAUAGGUUGCAAAGAAAUUUUUAAAUAUUUUUAAUAAGAGCAAUACAGUGCACUGAUGUUUUUUUCCAAUUUCUCUUGAGUUUAGCAGCAACUCCAUAUCAUCAGUCCAGUGCCAUCUAGCUAACAUAAUUUUAACUUUGUUAAUAAAAUGUUCUACCUCUUUAAGGUAUCCCCGUAUUC